UAUAAUCCGUGUGAGUUCACCUGGAGUUGUAGUUCUAGAAUCAGUGUGAGUUCACCUGGGAGUUGUAGUUCUUCUGCUGCUUCACGGUGGUUCCUCGCUGUGAUUGUUCGGUCACAGAGUCGGACGUCCUGCCAGCUUUAACAUGAGCUGAUAUAAAUAACAAACAUGAAACAUGUUUUGGUCAUUUUUUAUAUAAAUAUUGUGGAUUUAUCUUUUCGCCACAUAAGGAAACUAAUGUAUUUAGUUAAUCCAAAAACUAUCUUCUCCAUGAAAAUAAGAAAAGAGAAAGAUCAUAUUUAAUGUAAAUGUAGAAUAUGUUCCUGUUAAAGGUGUCAACGGUCAGAAUGAAAACACGACGGUCUCUUUUCUUCUUCUGUGGUUUCUGUCCUCGCGCAAUCUCUCCGUGUUCUUGUCUGUUUUUAUUUUCCUCUUGUGACCUCACCUGAGCCUCGGAGGUGGUGCAGGUUUUGUCUGUAGAUUCCUCACAUUUCUACAUGUCUUUAUUAUUUCUCUUCAUAUAUUACAUGAACUCUAGCCAUGUGUUCUCCUUAAAGUGUUCUUGUGAGCAUGCUCGGUGUGUCUCACCCUCCUGUCUGUCUACCUGUCAGGUGAUGGACAUGGACGGGACAGGACGACGAGUGCUGGUGGAGGACAAACUCCCUCACAUCUUCGGCUUCACUCUGCUGGGAGACUUCAUCUACUGGACAGACUGGCAGCGCCGCAGCAUCGAACGGGUCCACAAACGCACCGCGGAGAGAGAGGUUAUCAUCGACCAGCUGCCAGACCUCAUGGGCCUCAAGGCCACUUAUGUGCACCAGUUCUACGGUACCAACCCAUGUGCAGAGAGUAACGGUGGCUGCAGCCACCUGUGCCUCUACAAGCCUCAGGGCGUUCAGUGCGGAUGUCCCAUCGGUCUGGAGCUCAUCUCUGACAUGAGGACCUGCAUCGUGCCCGAAGCCUUCCUGCUCUUCUCCCGUCACACCGAUAUCCGACGCAUCUCACUGGAAACCAACAACAACAACGUGGCCAUACCGCUCACUGGAGUCAAGGAGGCCUCGGCUCUCGACUUCGACGUCACCGACAACCGGAUCUACUGGACCGACAUCACUCUGAAGACCAUCAGCCGGGCCUUCAUGAAUGGCAGCGCUCUGGAACACGUGGUGGAGUUCGGUCUGGACUACCCGGAGGGGAUGGCGGUGGACUGGCUGGGGAAGAACCUGUACUGGGCCGACACCGGUACCAACCGCAUCGAGGUGGCCAAGCUGGACGGGCAGCACCGACAGGUCCUGGUCUGGAAGGACCUGGACAGUCCACGAGCUCUGGCUCUGGAUCCAGCUGAAGGGUGAGAACUAAAACCAGGAGGAGACCAAUCAGUACGACUGUAGACCAGUAUGAAGACCAUCGUAGGAACAAAAAAUAUUUGUUUCUCCUAUAGUUAAUCUCCUUAAAUCUCAGAGAAUAUUUAAGUUUUUCCCCGUAACGUCAUACAUAUUAUCCUGUUAAUUUAUACAUAUUAUCCUGUUAAUUCAUACAUAUUAUCCUGUUAAUUCAUACAUA